AUGAAUGAAAAAUACAAACUCUACUGUGAUGGCGCUCAUGGAGCCAAUUUACGUGGUGUAGACAACUCGCAAGUAUUUCCCUCCAUUGUAUUGCGAAAGGAUUCCUUUGUUUCUGGGGUUUUGGAUGAUCAGAUCGGAGAACAUGAUGAAUUACCACUCUCUAUGGUUUGUUCGGGUGGUGAAUCUAAACCCUAUUCAUUGUACUUUUUUGAAGGAAGUGAAUCGAGAGAUUUACAAAUUAUUGUUUUGGAAAAUAACAAAUUCUACAUUAUUAAGGAUGGCGCCACACAGGAUUCCCAUUAUGGAUUUGCAUCUUAUGAACUUGGAGUUACUGUUGAGGUUGCUACUCCACUCUUUAAUAGUGGAAUCAAGAAGGUUUCAUCAGGUUAUGGACAUUGUGCGGUUCUAUUAGAAAACGGACAGGUAUUUACAAGAGGACUCAACAAUUACAAUCAAUGUGCAAAUGGAGAUGUUAUAGAUAUAGAAGGUACCUUUUGUGAAGUCAAAGUAACAGGAGUUCUUGAUAUUGAAUGUGGAAGUAUUUGUACUGCUCUCCGAACACCUACUCAUUUUAUAUUUUACGGAUCUGUAAAAGAUGAUUUGGACAAGGAACUAUGUCAUCGAGACGUCAAAAUUGCUAACAUACUCGUGAAGGAAAUUACUGAUUCUAAUAUUUAUGUAGUAUUGACAGACUUUGGAGUAUCUUUUAAGAAAAACUCAUACAAGCCCUACCAAUUCAAAACUGGAACUGAGCAAUAUUACGAUCCAGAAAUUGAAAAAUACUUUAACACCGAAAAAAGAGGUUUACUAGAGUUUCCUUUCAAAACUGAAACUGAUUUGUACGCCCUAGGUGUAACACUUGAACGAUUAUCCAACAAAACCACUAUCAAUAGUACUCCUCUUUUGAAAGAAAUUAUUACUAGUCUUAAAAAUUCAACUCUCCCAACAAGAAUGAAAAUGAUGAAUGUAUUGGCUGAUAUUUCACUUGCAACUACCAUAGCAUUUAAAGAUCCAAAAAACAGAACGCAGUGGGAUAAGUACUUGCAUGCUUGUGUUAUGAACCCAAAUUGUUUAAAAUUUUGCCCUUACAACAAAAAUAAGCGCUUUAUUUACAAAGUAUUGGAUAACAAUCACCGUAUUUUCGAAAUGGUUCCUGACGAUUUGUUGGAUGAAAAUAUAGUUAGAAAGUCAAUAAGAGAUGUCAGAUCAGUAUUAAUAUUUCAAAACAGAAAUAAGGCUUGCAUAGAUAAGUUUAAGUCCUUAAUUUCACAACUCAUAGACGUUCAUGUGCUUAGAAAUGUACAAUAUAAUACAGGAAAGAGAAUCCAGAUAGAGAUGGAAAAGUUAAGCGAGAGUCAGUUGGAAAUAUUAGUAGAGUAUGACUCUCUAUUUUUUAAUUACUUUCCUUUCAAGUACAAAUUUAAUAGAAAUAUUGUAUUUUCAUUCAUCAAAAAAGUGGAAGAAUGUUUCCAGCAUUGUAGUUACCGAGAUGAUGAAGAAAUAAUUCAAUAUGUACUAGAGAAAAAUCCAAAGUUUAUCACUGACAUCAGUUCAGAUGAGUUAAGAUUUAAAUAUGAACAACAAUAUGCAAAGGAAAUUUUGGAAGUAGAUCCGACUUUUUAUGCAUCCUUAAGUGAGAGUAGUUUAAAAGAUAGAUUAUUUGCCAAACUUGCAAUGAAAGGCUGCAAAUCACAACGUGAUUUUGAUUCAAAUUUUAAUUGUCUACCUGAAGAUCUUAAAACUCAAGAUUUUUUUAUAGAGAUAAUUACAGAAAAUUCCAAGACUUUCCAUAAUUUGAAGGACCAUUUGGAUCAUGACUCAUUGGUACAGGUAAUAACACCUAGUUUAUAUUUUACUUUGGAAGAUAGAAGAAAAAUGGAUCGAGAUAUUCUCAGAAAAAUAUUAUCAGACAAGUUUUCAAGUGAAGAAAUAGAAAAAAUAUUGAAUUGUUUGAGUGAAAAUUAUCACACACAUUUCAAACAGGAAUUGUUUGAAAAUAUUUCAAAAGAAAGAGUGUUAGAUUUAAUAUUGUUGGGUGUACCACUGCCUGAGUUGUUUUACUAUCAACACGACGCAGAUUUCAUAUUGAAAAUUAUUACUCGUACCAAAAAAGGGUAUUUUACAUCAAGUUUUUUGAAAGAUUCUACAAUUAAUAUUUCCAACAUUGGUUUGGAUUUUAUUAAGAACUUGCGCCUUGAUAAACAGGGUUUCUCUCACUUGAUUCAUGCCAUUGAAGUGAAAGAACAAGGAAAUGAAUUGAUGCAAAAAUGUUCAGAUGACAUUGAAUUGGUAAAUGAAAUAAUUGAAAUAUAUCCUGCUCUAUAUGAAAAUCUAUCAUGCAAUAAUUUAAGAAAUAAUCAAAUAAUAAUUGAAACUUAUCUGAAUCAUACCUACUUUCCUCGAUUAUCCAAAGAUUUAAAACUUGAUGAUGAAUUCCAAGCAAAGCAUUUAAAAAAAUUAAUUGGUUCAGGAUACAUUACAAAACCAAAUAGAGAAUUAGUAAGGAGUGGAAUAUUUAAAUCCAAGGAUAUAGGUUUAUUGCUUUAUUUGGAAACCAAGGAUUUAGACGACAAGGAAUUUAUGCUUCCAAUAUUAGAGAAAUUUCCUCGUGCUUAUUUGAGUUGUAGAUCCUUAUUAAUAGACAAGGAAAUAAUCAAGAUGGUCAUUCGUAAAUAUGAUGAAAUUUAUGAACAUCUCGAUACUACUUUUCAAAAAGAUGAGGAAAUAUUAUCGGUCCUUAAUGAACCAAAAAGUUCCAUCGAUUCAAUAAUGGCAGAAAUUAAUGAUAAUACUUCUGAGUAAUAACUUGAUAAAUUUAUUCCGUGAUUGUCUUU